AUAGCAGCGUUCACAGACGCAGAGAAGAUGGAGCAAAGCGGAGCCGCUCGUUUCCUCGACGCCGUAACUCAGUUUAAAACCUACGAAGAUUAUCUCGACUCCAAAGUGACGCCGAUGGAUUUAUUUUACCUAAAAAGCAGGGAGUUGGCCCGUAGGCUGGUGGAGCACGGCCACAAGGGCACGGUCCUGAGCAGGGAGGAAUUUAUGGAGAGGACAGCAGCUGCACAGGCUGCUGAGCCUGCAAAGAGCAACGCUUUCUACAACAGCAGCCGGCCAGUGACACUGGCAAGUGCAGGAAAAGAACUCAAAGAUAACUUCCUGAAAGCGCUGGCAGAGCGAGAGGAGGCCAACCGCAGUGGGAAAAUGACUUCGAUCAUUUUCAUAAGGGAUCAUAAUACUCUUGGACAGGAAGUAUCUGGCUAUAUAGACUACGCCCACAGACUCAAGACCCAAGAUUUUGAACCAUAUUUCAGCGGAAAGAAGAGAAUCAUGCCAGGACGCGCAGAUUUAUGCUACUGUAACUGGAAGACGCAGGCGUCCGCGUCCACCUCCAGUCCUAACUUUGAGGUGAUUUACGACGACCCCAACGGACUCCUCUUUAAAAACAAGAGGGACAAGAAGGUCCUGAAUGUCGACCCACAGGCUGGUGCAGGCGAGGACUCCACCAGAACCUUCCUGCAGUCGGACCUCUACGUCCACGUCGUCCUCUACGACCACAGCGUGAGGACGGUGUGAGCGUCAGAGCUGCAGAGCCCUGGAAACCUUUCAUCUGGAGCUGGAGCAGGAGCUGCUGCCCAAGUUGCACCAUUUCCAAGCUGUUUCCUGCAUAUCAUGCGUGCCAUCUGGGUGGAGGAGCGGCUGUAACCCAGGAUCCCAGAGGGACACGUGGACGGACCAGUGUGACCACUUGGCUGUUUUCCUUUAUGCGCCUGAGAUUUGGUGUCACAUCUGUGUGAAGCUGUGACACCGGUUCCGGCCCGGGCUCCGCCGCCUCCGUUUGUUGGGCUUUUGCUCAGAGGCUGGGACCUGCUGGACCCGGGGCUGGUCCCGUCGGUUGACCUCGCGUGUUUCGAGCUGUUUGUCUAAACAAAUUAAAGGCGUAAGAGCCUUGAAAGAUGGCGGGGGCUGCUUUCAUGUCCUCCCCCAGGCUGCGGUAGCUUCAAUUGGACUGGGAGAACGGGUAAUGGGCUUAAAGCAUUCCGCAUGUUCCCAGAUGCAGGGCGCACUUUGCAGGACAUCAAAGUGCUCUAUCAUUUACAUAUUAGUCAUUGACUGUGACAAUUUUAAUGGACAGCAACUCUACAAAUAGCUUUUACUAAACAGGUUUGGAAACGUGUUCCUUUUACAUUUGAAUUUAUUCCCCAGUAACUUUAUCUGUGUGUGUAAACAGGUCACGGGGUCCUUGUUUCGUGUUUAUGAAUGUUUGGGGACCACUGUUUCCAUUUAUCCACACAGGAAACAUGCAGCAGCUCUGCGGAGGCACUUUGUACCGUUCUCACUUCUUUAUGACCCUGAUAUGAGCGGUUGCAGGUUCAGAUCCUGCAGCACUUGAUGAUGGUGGAUGUUUUUAUUGUUGUAGGUCUUCAAAUAAAUCUUUCCAGUUUGUGUUGGGACUCCUGUGAGGAACUGCUUUGUUUGUAAGUGGACUAACAUAUUUGGCAGCAUUGUGUUGAUUCUGGUCUCUUCUCUAAGGCCUGAUUUAACCCAGACGCUCGGACUCCACCGAUCAACAAGCCAUCAUUGUAUUUACAUUUUUUGUGUGAACAGUUCCUCUCAUCUGUUUGGAUCAUGGGGUCUGGUGAUGGUGAUGGAACAGCGAGCUCUGUUCUCCUUCCUGAAAGUGGCAUCAGUUGUUCCAAACACCACUGAACACAUAAAACGCUGAUCCGUCAACCAACAGGCAGAUUACUCUCUGUGCAUCUUCCCUUUAUGCAGUAAAACAACCAAUCGCAAUGAUUUCAAAAUAAAGUCUCCUUUGAGUGCUUGUAUCAUUUAUUGGGCUUUUAAGCUGUUGGGGUUUUAACUGAAACAUGGUUUUAUUGGGUUCAGGCCUGACAUGAGUAGAUGUGACCCUACUGAGCCAGGCCUCAGCUUUUAUCAGACACAGUCUGCUACUAAAAGGGUCAAAUAUGUCGCAGGCCUCAAAACUCUCUUUUCACUC